AUGAAUAUUGUUGAAGAAUAUUUUUGGAAAGCUAAUAUGGCUUUUCAAAUGAAUCGUUUGGAUGAAUCAUAUCAAUUUAUUUGUCAAGCUAUUGAACAACUUCAUCAAUCUCAUUUGACAUUAGAACAAUUGGAACUUGUUUGGUUGAUUAUUCCGAGAAUAAUCACAAAUCAUAGAAAAUCUAUUGAACAACUUGUUCAUUAUCAUCGAAGUAUGCCUAUGGAAACUGAUGAAUUGUUUGAUCGUUUAACUCAAUCUUAUGUAAAUCAACUUGAACAAGAUCAAGCUAAAAUUUAUACAAAACUUAUUGAUUAUUUUGAUCGAUAUCUUAUUCAAGAAAAAAAUGAUAUUGAUCACAUACAUCUUAAACGUCUUCAAUCUGAUUUAUAUCUUCAAUUAUCUUAUAUCUCACGUCCAUAUCAAUCCCAACUAUUUUACAAUAAACAUAGAAAAUUAUUAAACGAUAAUGAACAUAUAAUAAACAUGUACAAAAAUCAUUUGACAGAAAAUUAA